AUGCCUGGUGCAACUCUCUCAUCGUCCAGACUAGAGGACAUCUAUGGGUGCCCUUACGACUUUGUGGAAGUGUUCGAUGGACAGCAAGUUGCCUCACUCUCCAUGGGCAAAGUCUGUGCUGGGGCAGAACUCACAUUCCUCUCCUCUUCAAAUUUCAUGACGGUGGUGUUUAAAAGUGACACCAUGAUCACCAACUCGGGCUUCUAUGCUCUGUACAACACUGUUCAGCAAGGCGAAAGGCAAAAUGGAAUGGCCUUGAGACUGGUGAAUGGCAGCCACAGAUGUGAGGGCCGAGUAGAGAUCUCGUACAAUGGGACCUGGGGCACAGUGUGUGAUGACGGCUGGGACCUGACAGAUGCCAUGGUGGUGUGCCGGCAGCUCGGCUGUGGCAAGGCCAUGUCGGCCCCAGCUGAGAGCUACUUUGAUAAAGGCAUGGGCCAUAUCAUUCUGGAUGAUGUGCAGUGCAUGGGGGAUGAAGCCAAGGUGUGGCAAUGCACACAUCACGGAUGGUUCUCCCACAACUGUGGGCACCAUGAAGAUGCCAGCGUGGUCUGCUCAGGUAUCGACGAUGCACCAAGUGGAGAACCAGCAGAUGAAAUUUUCCAGUGUGGUGGUUUGCUCACAAAUAGUUCAGGCUCCUUCUCCAGUCCUUGGUAUCCUAAAAAAUAUCCUACCAAUGUGGUGUGUGCCUGGGACAUACAAGUAGAUACUGGUGCACACAUCAGACUCACCUUCGAAGUGGUCAAGAUGGAAAAUUUCUACGGCUGCCCUUAUGACUUCAUUGAGAUUUUUGAUGGCCCACAAAAUGAACCAUUUUCACUGGGGAGAUUCUGCUCUGAAACAACCCCAAUAUUUACCUCUUCCUCAAGCCACAUGAGCGUGGUGUUCCACAGUGAUGCAAUCGUCACCAACAUUGGAUUCUUUGCAUCUUAUGAGUCUCUGUUGCAAGAUGAGAAAGACACAGAUGUGGCUCUCAGACUAGCCAAUGGCAGCCACCCGUGUGAGGGCCGCGUGGAGCUCUUCUACAAUGGCAGCUGGGGCACAGUGUGUGAUGACAGCUGGGACCUGAGAGACGCCCAGGUGGUGUGUCGGCAGCUCGGCUGUGGUGGGGCUGUGGUAGCCAUUGGCCGAGCACAUUUUGAGCGAGGCCUAGGCCCCAUUGUCCUGGAUGAUGUAGAGUGCAUGGGAACAGAAGCCAGACUGUGGCAAUGUCUGCACAGUGGCUGGCUCACCCACAACUGUGGCCACCACGAAGAUGCUGGUGUUGUCUGCUCAGCCUCUCUGUCCCAGCCAGCACCAUCAUUUCUCGUGAGUGAUAUGAUCUCAGCAUCGCUAGUAAAGCUGCCAGAGGUGCACACAUCAACAGGUCUGGACCUGCGACUGGUGAAUGGGACAAGCAGGUGUGAAGGCAGAGUUGAGGUGUACUAUAUCAACACUUGGGGGACUGUGUGCGAUGACAACUGGUCCAUAGAGGAUGCUCACGUGGUCUGCAGACAGCUUGGCUGUGGUCCAGCUUUAUCUGCCCUGGCAGGCAGCAGUUUUGGCCCUGGGUCAGGCAGCAUAGCCCUUGAUGAUGUCAACUGCACAGGAACAGAAUCUUCCCUGGCACAGUGCUCUCACAGAGACUGGCUCGCCCACAACUGUGGGCACCAGGAAGAUGCUGGUGUCAUUUGUUCAGCUACUUCAGCUCCUGAAGAACGUCCACACGGUUUGCAUCCAGGUAUCUUCCUACUCUUACAGCCUGUGACUCUCUGUUCUGAGGCUGAUUGCGACUAA